GACCAUCUGCGAUUGACCAAUUCGCAUACUCAGCAGCCAAUUUCUAUGACGUACUACUGUCCUAUACGUGUACUGGUACCAAACAAAAGGAUAUGAUCAACGAUGCAUACCAAGACUUUCUCCAUGCAUGCAUGCAGCUAUCCAAUACACAAAUACCACCCCAUAUUG